AUGACGCGCGCCUAUGUGCUCGUCUGCCAACCUGUCUGUGGGUAUGUAUGUCACUGUGUGUGCGCGCGCGCUCGUGAGGGUUGCGCAAGCUGUGCAGGCUUCUGCUGUGUGCUACCUUUACCUCUGACGAAACUGCAGCGGAGGCUCGGUUCUGCUGCCGUCGCCGCCGUUGCUGUCACAUGCUUUGCUGUUGUAGCUGUAGUCUGGAGGCGGGUUCCAAGGACCGCCCUGGACUACACUGUAAGAGAUUAUCGAGUCCCCUGGCUUACUGGGGAGUCACGGAGCUUUCCACGAAGCAUUAUUAGUACAGUUUACAGACCCAGUUCGCCAAAGGCAAACAAAGGCUAUAGUGUUAUUCAGUUGUUUGAAGGUUUCAGAAAGGCUAGCCAGAUCAAUAACUAUUGGGCCCUUUUGCUUUUCCUGUCUUUGCAGUGUGGGGGCGCAGGGGAGGAGUACCUCUAUGAAGACUUCCAAGACCUCGAUCUCUCCCAGUUGGAUGCCAGUGACUUGGAUUCUGCCAGCUGCUUCAGUGAGCUUCAGUGGGGUCCUGAGACAUCUGAAAAUGGGUUCAGCCAGUGUGGCACCUGCGGGGAAGACUCAGAACUUUUCCAGAUCAUCAGUGGUGAAACUGAGGCUUUGUUGGCUGCUCUCACUGAAACCCUGGAUGAUAUCCAGGAAGAGGACAUGGGCUUGGCUGCCUUUCACACUCUGGAAGAUGGGGAUGUGCCUACCCCAGACCCCACCUCACCCAUUCCCUCACCCAAAGCCAGUCCUGAUGCCCUGGAUGGGCUGCAGGCCCUUGGAUCUGAGGUUGAUGAACUUUCUCUGUUGCAGAAGCUACUCCUCUCUCCAUCCCACACUACUCCAAGCAUGGAAACCCAGAAGGAAGGGACUGUUCGGCGGCAAGGAGCAUCAAAGUCAAAAAGCCAGAGACCUUACCUCAAGAUGGAAAGCCCCCAGGACAAGAAGUCCUCACCUCCCCAGACUCAAAGUCGAAAUUACACUGAACUGCACAGACAUCUCACCUCCGCUCCUUGCUGUCCUCGUACUGUCCCUCAGGCUCCAGACAGGGAAUGGCAGCAGCUGCCUCCCUCCCCACCAGCCCAGAGCCCUCGGCCCACCAUCAAGGAAGAAAGUGACUCGGGCGAGGAUUGCCUAAGCCCCAGGCUCACUCCGGCCUCAUCCCUGGCCUCCCCUGUGCCGUCUGAAGCAGUUCCCGGGGACCAGUUUGGCUGUCCUGAGGACAUGCAUGCCAUGGUGGAGCUGAUCCACUACAUGCAUACCUACUGCCUUCCCCAGAGAAAGAUGCCCGUCCAAGCCUUGGCAACCCCCCCUCAGUCCUGCAGCAACCCUCCCAAGAAAGCCAAGGCUGAUUGCACGCUACAAAAGACAGCAUCCGGCAAGAACGAGGAGGGGAAGGCACCAGAGAACCUGGUGCAGAGGCCAGCAGCUCUCCAGCCUCCCAAAGCUUCCUGGUCCAAAUUUUCUAUCCUGAGAGAACUGUUGGCUCAAGACCUCCUCUGUGAUGUGAGCAAGCCCUAUCGGCUGGCCAGGCCAAUCUAUGCUUCCCUGUCGCCCAGUACCAAGGUCAGUCCAGGGCCCUUGGAGGAAAGCCAAAGACCCCUGUCUGAGAAGGCGUGUGAGGUCCGGAUCAAGGCCUCCCCUGGGACCACCGAACCCAGGCCCAGCUUCAGGCCCCUGAAAGUGGAAGUGAAGGAAGAAGUUAAUCCGGUACCAGUGACAAAGGAGGAAGAGAAAGAAGGGCAAAGGGAGGCAAGAAUGUGUGCACAGAGUCCACCUCUGUCAAUCGGGACCAAGGUGGGACGGAAGCCAGAGAGCUCUAUUUAUGCUGUUCGACGCUCUAAGAGGCUGAACCCUGAACUAGGCCCAUGGCUUUCAUUUGUAGAUGAGGCGCCCCAAGAAGAGAGGGCAGACCCUCUACCCUCCCUGGGCCUGGACCCAGAGGCCUAUGAUGCGGAAGUGGAAGUGGAGAUGGGCAGCCUGGAGGAAGGACAGAGUGUCUGUGACCAGUCCCAGCAGAGAGCGGCCCAGCUCCUUGCCCUGGAGAGUCCCAGUGAGAGUGGCAGUGGUGAGACGGACGAGGACCACAGCUGCCCUCGGUUAUGCUCGAGAGAAACUCCCAGGUGUUUCACACUGGCCUUGUCACAGAAUGACCCUUCACUGGGGAAGAGGAACUUUGACCAGGUGCUGACAGUGGAGCUCUGCGGGACAGCAGGUCUCACACCACCAACCACGCCACCCUACAAACCUAUUGAGGAAGACCCCUUCAAGCCAGAUGUGAACCAUAGGCCAAACAAAGAGGCAGCUCCAUCCAUCCCCUCCCCUGAGGGUCCUCGGCCUGUGGCAGCUGCUAGAGGAUCCCAUAAAUCCCGGAAGAAGUAUCCUGAGCGGAGUGAGCUCUUGGCCCACCUGAGCCGAGCCACAGUUCAGCCAUCUCAGGUAGGCCAGAAGCGUCCCUUUUCCCGGUCCUUUGGAGACCAUGACUAUUGCCAGGUCCUCAAGCCAGAAGGAUCCUUCCAGAGAAAGGUGCUGAGGUCCUGGGAGCCCUCCUCAGUCCAUACAGAGGACAGAUCCCAGUCCAGGGUUUCCAGGGUUGAUGCACAAGGACUGAGCAAGGAAGGUGGGAGCUGCAGAACUCCCAAUAAGGACAGCAAGCCCCUAAGAGACCAUGAGAUCCGAGCCAGCUUAACGAAGCAUUUUGGGUUGUUGGAUGGUACCUUGGAGGAGGAAGAUUUUGCCUUGUGCAAGAGCCCAGAAUAUGAUACUGUUUUUGAGGACAGCAGCAGUGACAGUGGUUUCCUCUUGGAGGAAGAAGAGGACGAUGAAGAUGAUGAUCUCUGUGUCCAUUCACUUCCAUGUCAGCACUGCCUCCACCCAAGACCCUUCAGCAAAGCCAGUUUGCAUCACUGCUCUCGGAGCCGAUCAAGUUCAGGCUCUUCAUGUCACAGAUCUAGGUCUCCAGCAAACCGGAGGACUUUCAGAUGUGGAAACAAGGAGCGUUGUGGAGAAGGAAGCCCAAGUAUCCAGCAUAUUGAGAAGAGGAGAGAAAAGGCCAUUGGAGAAGGCCGGGUGGUGUACAUUAAGAACCUCUCCAGUACCAUGAGUUCCAGUGAACUGAAGAAACGUUUUGAAGUGUUUGGUGAAAUUGUGGAGUGUCAAGUGCUAAAAAGGAACAGGAGGGGUGAGAAAGAUGGUUUUAUUACCUAUCGGUGUUCAGAGCAUGCAGCCUUGUCCCUGAGGAAUGGUGCAGCCCUGAGGAAGCGCAACGAGCCCUUCUUCCAAUUGAGCUAUGGGGGACUUGGGCAGUUCUGGACCAGAUGCACUAACUUUGAUUCCAAUAUAGAAGAGGCCUCCCCGGCUUCGGUGAAAAACAAGUAUGAAGCCAUGGAUUUUGACAGCUUGCUGAAGGAGGCCCAGAGAAGCCUACAUCGAUAACAGCCUUAAUCCUAGAGGAAUACCUCAAUACCUCAGUCAAGGCCCUUCCAAUAUGUUUACGUUUUCAAAGAAAUUAAGUAUAUGGAGAGAGAGAGAGAGAGAGAGAGAGAGAGAGAGAGAGAGAGAGAACGAGAGAGAGACUGAGACUGCUGUCCCUUUAAAUCAAUGUUUACAUUGAACAAAGCUGCUUCUGUUUGUGAGUUUCCAUGGUGUUGAUGUUCCACUGCCACACUUUAGUACCCUCGCUUCAGAUUGGUUGUUUCGGGUGCGUCUGUUAGCAUUCUGCCACCCAGCCCCUAACCGCCCACCCCCCAGUUUCCAUUGUGGAGUUGCAGCUAUGUUCCCAUCACAUUUUCGGUCUGUAGUGUGUGAUGAUAAAAUCGUUACUUGUGAAUAGAAUCAGGACUAUAAACUAAUUUUUAAUUGCAGAAAAAAAAGUAUAUACUUAAAAUACCAUAUUUAUGGCUCAGAUGUACUGUACUUCGAACUAAUUCAUUGUGCCGCUUCCUGGAUCUCUAACUAUGCACUGUAAUGAGGUGCUUGCCACUGUGCUGAUGGACUCCCGGCUGGCCCUGGGAGGGAGGGAAGAAAAGAAGGAAGGAGGGAAAGCAGAGAGGGGUCGAGACCCCGCUGGACUUCAUCUCCUCCCUGGAGCAGGAGGCUGGAUGGACAUUUGUGUGAAGCCUCCAUCUGUCACCAGCCCAUCUUCCAACCCUUAUUCUUCCUCAUCCCAGUCCUCUCCAUCUCUCUGUCCAACAUCAUCCCAGCCCACGACUUUGCACUGGCUACUUUGGGUGGUAGAACAAUAGCCUCCAGAGCAAUGGCCAAAGGUCCAGGAUGAAACCGUGUUCCUGUUGGAAGUGGAGGAAUUCAGAGUAAGCCUCUGAGUUGUGCAGUUUCCGUCACAAUUGGACUGGAUUAGCUAUAAUAUACAUUUGUUAUUGUUGUUGUUCAGUGGUGUGACUCUUCAUGACCCUGUGAAACUAUACCACGCCAAUACUGUCCAUGGGAUUUUCUUGGCAAUAUUAUAAGCCUAUGGCAUAAUGACAGUCCACUCUGAUUCUCAUUCACCCUUCUGUUUAUCUACCAGACAAGGAAUGAAGUCAAAUUCCCAAUAACUACCAACCCAUUAAAUCCGGUUUAAGAGCACUUAUAAACUUCAAGCUGCCACAAAUGAUAUUUAUUGAAACUGCCCACUUGCGAUGAUGCAGUAGAAAAGAAAGCUGGCUGCAAAGCCUCUUCCAACACAUCUUAGCUGUGAUACAUAGAAGUCAAGUAUUUGACCUCUGGGCUUUAGGCAAAUUUCUAAAGCUAUAAGUUUCAGAGAAAGUGAUGACCAGCAUUUGGCAGAGGGAAACUCCUCUCCCAGGAGUUCCUCAAACUAAUAAAAUUACCGGUCCAGUAUGUAGUCCUAUCCUAU